AAAGUAGUGGUUUUAGACCAGUCACUCAAAUUAGUUAUCUAGAAUUUGUCAAAAGUUUCAUAGAGAGCACUAACACCAAUAUAAUAUUUGAAUUUGGAGCAGGGAUGGGAUUCUGAGAGUAGUUAUUCCAAAGAUUUGAGGAUUCAUCGUUCUGGAACCAUAUACAAAACAGUAAAUAAUGUGUAUAAUAUAUGCUGUUUGUGUGGAAGAAGAGAAAGAAAAACAAUAAUUGAUGAAAGAUAUGUAAAAUAGUUUGGUCUUUUAUUUAUCAUAGAUUGCAGACAGGCAUGCUCAGUUGACGGAGUAAGCCAUGUAAACAAUCCAUUAAUAUAAGAACAAAUAAAGCUUGAUUACUAAUUUACUUCUCAUUUUAUUAUGUGUAGAAAUGGAUAGUUUGAAGCUUAGUUUGCAGUUUUUCCAUUACACACAAUAACUUAAAGACACUGUAUAUUAGCGGGAUAGGUCCUCAUACUUGCGGCAAUUUACGAAGUAGCUACUAGAUUUUGUAAAUUUACAAUCUAACAUGUUUAGGCCUUUAUAAUACGAUUUGAACAUUUUGAACCCAAAAACAAUAAGAAGAAAAAAUCGAUUCAGACCACAAGGAUCAUACAAAGAUCGACUCUACAAAUAUCGAAUACGACACGGCAUGUACUUCUGUAGUUUGGUUCGUUAAUAACUGCUAGAAAGUUUUGUUAUUUCGCCAUGCACGCAAGGUGUUCGACGUAAUUCCGAAAAGAGUGUUUUAUAACAACGUUGUGGAACGAAGACAUCUCCUUAAGCCAUUAUGAGGUUUAGCUUCUUCAUGAGAUCACUUCUGCUUCACCCCUGUGGAGGCUCCAUCAUCACCGUCCGAUCAAAAACGACGUCUGGUCAGUACGUGGCUUCAAGAUCAAGAGACCCUGUUUUCGAGAAGCUCAUGGACAAAUACAAGAACCUCCUCAAGGUCAUCGCCAUACAAGACCUCAUCCUCGCCAACCCAACAGCUGAACCUCCUUCCGUAUCCAUCGAGUUUCUCUCCAGGCUCUCCCAGAAGCUCCACCUCAACCGUGGCGCUGCUUCUUUCCUGAGGAAGUACCCUCACAUUUUCCACGUCUUGUAUGAUCCUGUGAAGUCUCAGCCCUUUUGCAGGUUAACUGAUGCAGCCAUGGAGAUUUCUCGCCAAGAGGCUUUGGCUAUCAAUGCUUCUUUGCCUGUUGUUGUUGACAGGUUGGUCAGGCUCCUGUCUAUGUCUAUAUCAAAGUCAGUCCCUCUUCGUGCGGUUUUCAAGGUUUGGAGAGAGCUUGGACUCCCUGAUGACUUUGAGGACUCUGUGAUCUCAAAGAACCCUCAUGUCUUUAAGCUUAGUGAUGGUCAUGAGCCCAAUACACAUAUCUUAGAGCUCGUUCAAGAAGAAGGUAAAGAAAGUCUGAGUUUUGAAGCUGCGGUUGAGAAAUGGAGGGUGGUUGAGUGUUGUGAGGAGGAUUGCAGCGUCGAUAGAACCGAAGUUCAGUUUAGUUUCAAACAUUGCUACCCACCAGGGAUGAGACUGGGGAAGAACUUUAAGGCUAAAGUGAAGGAAUGGCAGAAACUGCCUUACGGUGGUCCCUACGAGGACAUGGUUGGCAAGAAAAAGAACAAGUCCGGUGUGAUGGGAGUUGAGAAAAGAGCGGUUGCGAUUGCUCAUGAGUUCUUGAGUCUGACUGUGGAGAAGAUGGUGGAGGUAGAGAAGAUCAGCCACUUCAGGAAAUGUUUUGGGAUUGAUUUGAACAUAAGGGAUUUGUUCUUGGAUCACCCGGGGAUGUUUUAUAUUUCAACUAAAGGGAAAAGACACACGGUGUUUCUCAGAGAGGCUUACGAGAGAGGACGUUUGAUAGAUCCAAAUCCAGUGUACGAUGCGAGGAGGAAGCUUCUUGAUCUUGUCCUCUUGGGCCGCCAUGCUGCUUUAUCAGAUUCUAGGGAGACAGAUAUGUCUGAAGAAGAAUGAACAUGUUAGUUUCUUUAAUCCUUUUUAGCUUAAGAUAUGCUGUUUUCUGUAUGCUUAUCUUAUCCAGUGAAGUGUAUGAAACACUUGAGAGAUGAGAUCACCAAGAAUCUAAUCAAUCUUGAGCCU